UAAUCUGUGCUCGAUACGAGAUAAAAAUUGCAUGACAUCUCGUUCUUAAAUUCAGAUGAGUAAACUAUCUUAUAUUUUGAUUAUUAAUGUUUAGAUACGCUGAUACGCCGUAUGUUUUAUUACUUAAAUAUAAUUUAUAAUACCUAGAAUAAAUACAUAACAAAUUACUAUACAGUAAUUGAUUAAUUAAUUAUUAUUAUUAUUAUUUUGAUACGUAUAAAUAAUAGCACUAUUCAUAUCGUCAGUGUAGUAUUUGUUGUUAUGGUAAUGAUUGCUUGUUUUCAAACUUUUCAAGUGUUAUUGUGUUAGUAAUCUUGUAAUUAAAUCAGAACAAAAUGAAUCAAUCACAAAAAUCUAAAAGGAAAAAAACAUUGUGAACAUGUAGUUCGAUAUUUUUUCCAUCUUUUAAAUCAGCUUUCUUAAUAAAAAAAUCAACGUUAAAAUAGAAUACAUAGAUUUUGUACAAAUGGAACGACUUCAAACGUGGCUUCUCCCCAAGGGCAAAUUAUGCUUACCGUUUUGGAAAACAAUGUCGACUAAAUGCUACACGGCGUUCAGCGCUUUAAGUGCUGGUGCUACAGUUAUCACAUUCUUUUUGAUUUACUGGUUCUUCGGUGGCCUUACAGCACUAUCAUUUCUUCUAGUCAGUAUUGUCGGAUUUGUGUACCAUUCCGAGGACUAUUUAUUGUAUUAUCCAGAUUUACCAGAUCAUUCUAGAGUAUUCGUUCCUCAGCCUUCCAUGUACGGCCUGCCCUAUGAAAAUGUUUUCAUCAAUAGUUUGGAUGGCACACGUUUACAUUUGUUUUUGAUUAAACAGCCAGAAGAAGCCUCUAAGAUAGUACCGACAAUUUUAUUCCUGCACGGCAAUGCAGGAAAUAUGGGGCACAGGUUGACAAAUAUUGUUGGAUUUUAUAAUGAAUUGUCAUGUAACGUAGUGAUGUUAGAAUACCGAGGGUACGGAUUAUCCCAUGGAUCACCGUCCGAGAAAGGUCUCUACAUGGAUGCGAGUGCAGCUAUGGAUUUUAUUUUAUCCCGCACUGACUUAAAUCUUAGACAAAUUAUUGUGUUUGGUCGCUCAUUAGGUGGUGCAGUGGCUAUUGAUUUAGCUGCGCGUGUUGAAUAUUCACAAAAAAUUUGGUGUGUAAUUGUUGAAAAUACAUUUACGAGCAUUCCAGACAUGGCAAAUGUACUUAUGUCAUCUGAAAUUUUAAAGUACAUCCCUCUCUUUUUGUACAAAAAUAAGUUUAUGUCCAAUUGGAAGAUGAGUAAAAUGCAGGUUCCUAUACUGUUUGUAUCCGGUGAAGAAGACACGCUAGUACCGCCAGCAAUGAUGACAAAUUUAUUUGACUCUUAUUGUGGUCCGUUAAAACAAAUUGUGAGGUUCAGACGAGGUUCACACAACACUACGUGGAACUGUCCUGGAUACUACAAGAAAAUAAGGCGAUUCUUAAAAAUUACCGCCAAACACAAGCCAUCCGCGGAAGAUCUCCAUUGUGUCAUACAAAUUUAUACUCAUUUCAAAAUGCCCAACAAUACGACGUCAUUGGACAUCGACGCAAUGAGUACCGAGGAAAAGUUGGAACAGAUUAAAAUGUUGCGGGAGCUGAUAAAUCUCAAAGAAAAGUCCUACAACGAGAAAAGCAGCGGCGGUAACGGCGGCGGAACAUUCCCAAUCCCAAAUAUCUCCACCAACAACAAGAAGUCCUUCAUUAGCGGCACAGUCAUGUCCGUAGUGUUCCUCACCUGCUUCAUGCUGAUCGUGGGGAUGGCCGCUUAUUCGUUUCACACUCUGUAUAUCGCCAUACAAAAGAAAUAUCCUUCUACGCACACCGAACUUUAAUCAAUACGAUUCCGUCGUUGUCCGUUGAAAAUCAAUUGUAUUAACAAUUUAUAAUAUUUAAGUAUUCAUUUGUACUAUUUAAUUUCUACCCAUCAUGUUUUUUUAAUCACCAUGAUAAAAAAAUUUGAAAAAAAAAUAAGAUUCUCAAACAUUGAACUACAAUUAUUAAACGGAGCUAUCAAAAUUGUAUUAUAUUGUAGUAACAUUUUUGUUUUGUACAAU